UUUUCUUAGUCUUGUAUGAAUAUUCUAUUGCGACGGAUGCGAAAUUGUGACAAAGGUCUUCACUCGCAUCCUAAUUUUUUUAUUUUUCCAAAAUACCAGACUGAAAUAAAUUUGUUUCUUCAGAAAUAUUUCGAUUAAAUUAAAAACGUCAAGUGCUACUACAGAUACGUUAAUUCUAUCUAAACCAAAUUAGUUUAAUAUUAACACUGAAAAGAGAAAAUUUGAUGUGAGUUGUGUUGUAAGUGCAUUUGUGCUCUUUAAAAGUCAGCCAUUAAAGAAUUUCGAUGUAAUACAAAAAAAAUCGAAGGAAAAAAGUUUAUGCAGCUUCAACAUACGUUUUUGUUAAUUCUGAUAGCUAGAACGAGGAAAGGAUACAGAAUUAGUUCAUUUUAAAUGUGAGACAAACUAUAGACCGUACAAGGACUACCAAAUAAUACAAAUUGAAAAUAUCAUUGCAUGUUGUGUAGAAUUAUAUUUAACUUCACACAACAAAUUAAUCAAAAACAGUAGUCAUAUUAUUUAACAGCGGAAGGAGGAUUUUUUAAAUUUUGUAAGCAGAAGGGAAUGGUAUAUUUCCUGGGGGAUUGGGGCAUGGGAGAUUCUGACUGUGCGUCAUAUCAACAUGUUCCAAGUAUACAAAAUUCACACAUUACCCAACAAUUGCAUCACAAUCGCCAACAACAACGUCAAGAGUUGCAAAUACAGCUUUCAUCAGCAGCAGCAUCAACAACAACAACAGAAGGGACAAAUGUUGGCCAAACAGCUCCACUGUCUUUAACACACUCGCCAAUUCAGAUUGGAACUACUACAACAAGUGCUAGUAGCCAACAGCUUUACAAUCAACAGCAACAAUUGAGUGAACACACAACAGCACAAACUGGUUUUCUACUAAGACAACAGUCUUCUCCAAUCAAUUUGAGUUCAAAUUUGGUUACGGCAAACCUACAACAAUUGUCUGUUAGUAAUACCCCAACAAAUGCUGCAGCAAAAGCCACAAAUACUAAUACCAACAAAUUGAUUGCAUCAAAUCAAGGUGCAACCGCAACGGUGGGUAUAAGUGAAUUGGCAUUACAUAAUUACUUAGGUCGACAAAGAUCCGAAUCAUGUGCUGGAAAUGUUGGUGCUGAAAGUAAUAUAUCGAAGGAUCUCCUUGAAAGUGAAGAUGAAGUUGCAUUGCAACCACUCUCCAAUCAGGUUGGAGGACACACCCGUCUACUCCUGCUUAAUCAGAGUACUGUCAUAAAACCAUUAAACCUUCGUGAAUUGGGAUUUUAUCAAAACAUUCCUCAAGAAAUUCAGAAGUUUGUUCCAAAAUAUAAAGGUGUGAUGCAAGCAACAACAAUGGGCGGCACCAAAUUGGAAAAACGCUAUUCACCAAGCUUCCGCGAAGAACACGUUCGAAAAAUCAGUGCUUCAAAAAGGAAACGUGAUGAUGUCUUACGGAUGAAAGUUCAUAAAAAUGGAAAUGCCGCCGAUGUUAUAAAGAGUAUUUCUCAAUUAGACAACACAAACAAGCAAUAUUUUCUCAUGCUGGAGAAUAUAACAUCUCAAUUCAAAAAUCCUUGCAUAUUGGAUUUAAAAAUGGGUACACGUCAACAUGGUGAUGAUGCAUCAGCAGAGAAACGCACCAAACAAAUGGCGAAGUGUGCUGCUAGUACAUCUGCUUCCCUAGGAGUACGACUUUGUGGCAUGCAAGUGUUUCAAGCUGAUGUGGAUCAAUAUGCUAAACGUGAUAAAUAUUGGGGUCGUGAGCUUACCGAAGAGGGCUUUAAACAGGCAUUACAUGAUUUCUUUUUCAAUGGCUUCAGGUUGAGAACACGAGUUAUUAAAAAAAUAUUGCAAAGAUUGCAACAAUUGAGAAGAGUUAUUGAAAAGCAAUCGAGUUAUAGAUUUUAUUCUUGCUCCCUUUUAAUUGUCUAUGAAGGCUAUGAGGAAAAUCCUAGGGUGCAUCCCAUAGAUGCCUCCUUUGCAAUACCAACAGCAACAGCGCCCGCAGUGGCAACACCAUCGAUUACUGAAUGUUGUGCUUCUUCACAAUACUGUCAUGAGGCAAAAGCUAUUGACCACGCAAAUAACAGUGUCGAAGAAGAGGAUGAUGAAGCCGAAGCUGACGAUGAAGACAACGAUCUAAGCAGCUGCGGCCGAACACCGACAUCCAACCAGUGUUGCUACGAUGCCGAUGCAUCUAACGACUCCACCGAGUUGAAUCUCUCUUCAUCCCAUGAAGACAGCGAUCAUAAUCAUCGAAUAUCAACACCUGUUAGUUCUUCUUGCCGACAUCAUAGACACCAGCGUCAUAAUCAACGCCAUCAGGGUCAACACCAGCACAAUAGUAAUCACAAUCACCAUCAUAAAGUCCAGCAUCAUCAUCGUUAUCAUCGUCAUCACAAUCAUGAUGAUUCCGUUGACGGUGAUGUUGAUGACGACGAGGAUCCUCACGAAAGCAUCGAAGUGAGCACAGCAGCACAUCAUCGUGGUUUCGCUGAGGCGGUGGCCCGUGGAGCAAAAAGUAGUAGUAGCAGUAGCAGUCCUCCACCAUCACAGCAUCACGUAACUACACAGCAACAAUCUUCACCGUUCAUUCCGAUUUCCGAAGAAACAGUAUUCUUAGACCCUGAACCACCUUUGCCAAGUAUCUCAACUUCCAGUCCUCACUCUGGUGAUUCCUGGAUGAAUUACAGUAGCAACAGCAGUGACGACUUUUCAGGUCUAUCUGAACAGAUAAAAGCAGUGACUUCAGGCCGUCAAACUGGCAAUAACAGUUCGGAUGAAGGAAGCUCUGACUAUGACAACAGUCUCAUGGGUCAAACAGAAGCACUCAUGAAACGGUAUAAAAGUGACGAGUCAUCGCCGAAAUCAACUCCAAAAGGAGCUGUAAAACGACUUCGCUGUAAGGAUGACGAGGAAGAUAAUUCAAUGGACAAAACUGAAACUUCUUCGUCGCUUGCCAAGAAAUCGACAACAGCUAUUACCAAAGGAGACACUCUUCUGCAUAUUUUAGAUUCAGUAGAGACAUCGCCACCAAUUUCUGAAAUUCAGACUCCGCCAAGGGUACAAUCUUCGGCCAUACAAAUGGAUACCGCUCAACUAGAAGAUGUUCUCGUAGAUGGAAAUAAUGUUGGUUUUCUUAUUCCAAGCGACAUUGCCCGGCGUCACUCACAUCCACAUGAAGAGUCUACACCAGCAACUACCACCCCUACAACUCAUACUUUUACGCAGCCACAGCGAAAACUAUCUUCCGCGUCAUCACAACGCCAAUCGAUACCACGACAAACACAAAAUCAAAACUUCCACCACCAGCAUCAAUAUGCCCACAGUCAAUUGCAACACUCAUCCAAGUCAUUGGAUGCCAGCAGCAACAUCACAGCCACGGACGAUUCACGUUGCCUUGUUGACAUCCGUAUGAUUGACUUUGCACAUACCGCUUUUGUGCCAACAAAUGGAUGUUGUUUGUUGCCAUCUCCACCAUCAAUGCCAGUGCACCAUGGUCCUGAUGGGGGAUUUCUUACCGGAAUCGACAGCCUCAACAAACUCUUAAGCGAGAUACUUGCCGACGAGAACAUGUAAACAAAAUUACGCUACACGACAAGCAGCAACAUCUCCAACAAGUUCUUAAUUAAAUACACUACUAAAUUGAUUUCCUAUCAAAAAAGCAUAUACAAAUACACUACACAUUGCAAUUAAAACGACCUUGGUAAAUUUUAGUACAUAAAUACGUGUUCUCUCUGUUUAUGAUGUAGGAAAGUUGCUUGAAAAUUAUUUUUUUUUUAAAAUGACACUGAAAGUAAUAUUUUGUAAAAAAAAUUAAUAAAAAAUGAUUAAAAAUCGGAUAUAAUAUCCCCCUGGAGGGAAAUUCACACACAGUAUUGAGUUUGCAUAGGUGUUUAAUUAUAUUAUUUUUCCCUGAAUAGUUUUAACAAUUAAAUCUUUUUAAGAAUACAUCGUUCUUUUUUAGAUUUAGUAAGUGAUACCUAAUAAACUUAAAAUAUAAUCCGAAUAAUCGUGAACGUAUAUGGUAAUAUAAAAAAAGAAAACGAAUACACUGUUAUUGUUUCAAUAUACCUAUAGCCCCUGAGAUUCUUAAAAAUGUAAUAUUUAGCUUAAAAUCUCGGCCUCUGUUGAUGGAAGAAUAACUGAAAAAGAAUUCAGUAUAAAAUAUACAAACAAAAAAUUGAAAACCUAUUAUAAAUGUUUAAAAAACAAAACAUAUGUUAAGAAUUUAAUUUUAACAACAAAAUUAAAAUGAUACAAAUAGAAUAUAGAACAAAGAACUAAGUAACAAAUAAAUGAUUUAAUAAAAUAAAAAUUGAAAUAA